AGGACCGGUUCAUCCAUAGUAAAAUAUCGAUAAAUUAAAAAACUUUUUUAAAGUAGAAAAAAUGGGAUUUAAAUUUUUUUUAUUCGGCGGGGUUUUUGUCUGUUUUGUGGCCACUGUUUUGGGUUUGCAGUGUUUUCAAUGCGGGAUGUAUAACGAAGGAGUUGGUUCUAUAACUCCUUGUUUGAACGAAACUCUUAUGAAGCUGAUAGAGUGUCCUAAAAAGGAGCACAAGUUUUGUAUUAAAUAUAUAAGCGAAGGAUCAACUGUUAAGGACUGCGUUCCUAAAUGCUCAGAUCGAGAAAACUGGCAUUCCAUGACCUACUGUUGCAACGAAGACGCCUGCAAUUCUGCACCAAUUACACCAUUUCAAUCGUUGCUUCAGUGCUUUUUAGCUGGUGCUAUUCUUCUUAUUAACAUGGUACACUGAAAUUAACGAGGUGAAAGGUGGUAGGGAAACAACUGGGAUACAUUAUAUUCAUCGAGAAGGUAGCAAAUUCUCAAAGGAUUGCUCAAAAACUCAUUUUGCACCAAGCAGAAGCUUAUUUGCUUUCGAUUUUUGAUAAAUGCCAAUAAAUAGUUGAAGAUUUUGAUAGAUUUCAAAAAUCUAUUUAAUAAUUUGUGAAUCGUUUUUUACAUUAUCGAUGUAUAGAUUAGAAUUUGUAGUAAGUCUGGAUUAGAAUAAGUAUUUAAUUGAUUAUUCGAAGAAUAAAAAAUGAUUAUCGCUAAUAAAUAUGAAAUAACUUUGAAAAUUAUUAAUGACGCGAAUUUGAAAUGAGAUAUAAUAGAUUUAGAUUCCGUGA